AUGAAUUUACUAUUGAUUACUGCAGAUGAUAAUAAUUUGUCAUUCAAUGAUGUGAUUGAUAACAGCACUAAUGUUCAGUAUGUAGCUGAUGAAAAAUAUUCUGUUCUACGGUUGCGAACUGAAAAUUUCAACCAAUUUUUGUAUGUAAAAAAGUUGUUCGAUUCAUCAGUUGAUCUCAAGGUUAAUUUUUGGAAAACAGCCAAGAAUUUGAAUGAUGUAAGUGAUGUGAUGGUUCCUGCAACAUCGAUGAGGAAAGUACUUCGAAUGUUGAAUGAAGGCAAUGUCAAUGUGACUGUAACUAUUUCUGACGUUGAAGGAUUGAUCAUCGAUCGUGAGAAAAAAACUCACUUGUUUGAUCAAGAGCGUUUUCGAGAUGACCCAAAAUCCACUGCAGAAACUGCCAAUUAUAACUUUUACACGUAUGGUUCAUACAAUCAAAUGGUAGAAUGGUUACGGGCACUAGCGAAAAAGUAUCCUAAUAUUGCUCAGUUUAUAUCAGUGGGAAAAUCACAUGAAGGGCGUUCUAUAGAUGGCUUAGAGAUAGGAAGCAACAAUCAAAGCAAACGAGUGUUCUGGAUUGAUGGAGGCAUUCAUGCACGAGAAUGGGCAGCACCUCAUACAGCUUUGUACUUUAUCCACCAGCUUACAUCAAAGUACGCAUUUGAUCAACAGAUUCAGAAGUAUGUAAACAAUCUCACUUGGGUCAUUGUGCCUUGCUUGAAUCCAGAUGGAUAUGAAUUCACACGCUCCUCAACCAAUCCAAAUGUUCGAUUGUGGCGUAAGAACCGUUCUCCAAUCGUUUGCAAGAAAGAUCCUUGGGGUCGCAAUCGAUGUUGUCGUGGUGUAGAUCUGAAUCGCAAUUUCGACUUUCAUUUUAAAGAAAGCGGAUCGAGCGAUGACCCAUGUGCCGAGAUUUAUCAGGGUAAAACGGCGUUUAGCGAACCCGAAGCAAAAGCGGUGCGUGACGCUCUAAUGUCAAAUCGCUAUCGUGGCCGUAUUGAUGCAUUUGUGACGCUGCACACGUACUCGCAAAUUUGGAUUCAUCCUUACGGUCAUCGCAAAGAUACUUACCCCGGAGAUAUACAAGAUUUGUAUGAGAUCGGUAAGAAAGCAACAAAUGCACUUAGCAAAUUGUAUGGCACGAAAUAUGUUGUAGGAAGUGGAGCUGAUACGUUAUAUCCGGCAUCAGGUGGUUCUGAAGAUUGGGCGAAACAAACAGCUGGCAUUAAAUAUGUAUAUUUAUUGGAACUACGACCAGAUGAAAAAAAUUGGGACGGGUUUAUUCUGGAUGAAAAACAACUAAUACCAACAGCUAGUGAAACCUGGGCUGGAAUACGAGUAGUUGCUGAUGCCGUACUGGAACGGGCCAACAGGAAAGUAACGAGCCCCGCAAAUGGAACCGCCCAGCAAAAAUAUCGCUUUGGUGAUGGUAGCAGUGGUUCAUGCUAUGAUUUACGCCAUGCGUGCAAACGAUGGGUUCAGAAAAAUGAAUCAAUUUGCCAUACGGUGCCUAUUUUUAUGCGAGAGCAAUGCGCCUAUUCAUGCGGUCAUUGUUAA